AUUAAUUUGACAUUUGGUCGAUCGCGCCGCGUUAGCUCCAUGUUAUUAUUGUUUUGUAAUUUCGCCGUUUAGAGUUUUGCAUUUAAACAAAUAACAUGCUACACCUGGUUUACAAUUUCAAGCUGUUUUUACAAUUGGUGCUUCUCCAUUGAGUUGCAGUUCUAUUGUUUACUUACAAAGCAUAACAGCAGCAAAGUUUUGUUUUUAAUUUAGUAAAAUAGUGUAAAGUUUAAUAAAUUCAAUAUUUUUACAACGAUGGAUAGUUGCGAGCCGCAGAAUAAAACCAUCGGUUUAUGGAUGUCUGACAAAAAAAGUCAGAAACUUAACUGGAAGGAAUUUAUAAAGGCGUGUGCUUCUCAUGGAUACAAUUUAGUUAGAUUGGAUUUGGAUAAAUCUUUAGAAGAACAGGGACCAAUCAAUGUGUUCCUCCACAAAUUAACUGAUGUCAUUGCUGCUGCUGAUUAUGGGGACCCCAAGGCAUCAAUAACCAUUAGUCGAGUGGAACAGUACCUGUCUAAUCAUCCAAAUAUAACAGUAAUCGAUCCAUUGGACAAUGUGAGGAUAUUACUUAAUAGAUACUGCUACUACACAAUACUACAAGAUGAGCCGUCGCUUCGUAAGCAGGGAAUAUUCACUCCGUCAUUUGCGGAGUUCACAACAGCUAACAUAGAAAUGAAUAUUGAAAUAAUGAGGCAGAGAGGAGUUAAGUUCCCGGUCAUCUGCAAGCCGACCAUCGCCCAUGGAUCCAAGUCAGCCCACGAUAUGAUAGUGAUAUUCAAUGAGAAAGGGUUGCAUGUAUGCAAGCCUCCUUGUGUUGUACAAAACUUUGUCAACCAUAAUGCAGUGUUGCAUAAAGUUUUCCUAAUAGGAGAUAGGUACCACAUUUGCGAGCGACCUAGUCUGAAGAACUUCUACGCAUCGGAAGAUCUAGAACCAAUAUAUUACAGUACGGGCGAGGUUUGUAAAGCAGAUAGUCAGUCCACACUUUCAAUCUUAGACCCUCACGAUAAGGCCGAUAUUACAAUGACUCUAAAUGAGGACAAGAUUAAAACUAUAAUUAGGAUAUUAAGAAAGAGGAUAGGUUUACUCUUAGCUGGUUUCGAUGUAGUUAUUGACAAUGUGACUGGCGGGCACGCGGUCAUUGACAUCAACGUGUACCCAAGCUACGAUAACUUUCCAAACUUUUUUGAACAUCUACUAGAUUCUAUAGAAGAGGCUGAAAGCAGAAAAGCUAAUAAAGUAUACUCGAAUGGAGAUUGCAAUGGAGUUUACGAAGAAGAAUAUUUAGGACAUAAGGUAAACGGUUUAAUUAAUGUUGGAAUGGAUCCAAUUAAAUUCGGUGUAACCGGUAUGAAUAUUAAUUGAUGUAAUUAUCGUCAUUGUGUUGAACACUAAUGUAUUUAUCGAUAUUGUUAUUGGAUUUAAAUGACUGCUUCUGUGAGUGAGUGAGUGAGGUUGUAAGAAGACACGUUAUUAUUAUUCUUAUCCUUGCCUUUGAUUAUGCUGCAGCGAAAUGUUUUAUUUUAAGAUUUAUCCUUUCUGGGAAUUA